AUGUUGCAAAACCAUCAACAAGAAUCCACACAACAAGACAGCACCAUCAAUACUACUUCUAUAGAAAAUCGACAAAAUAUUUCCUUCACUCAGGAAUGCUUUGAAAGAAUUAGACAAUUACCAGUGCAAUUAUCGAGGGAUACAUUUGACUUGAUUCAUUCACGAGUGAAGAGUUUCAUAUUCUCUAUCAUUAUAGAAUCGGAAGAGGAUAGGAAUGAACGUAAAAAUCUUGUGCAUACCCUAUCGAUGGUUUGCAAAGAAUGGAGACAAUUAUUGAAGGAUUUAAUUAAAUAUAAAUUCUUGAUCGGAUUUGAUGUUCAUAGAAUGACAGUGAUAGGAAAUAAAUUUGAUGGAUUUGUGGUAUGUUUAAUUCGAUUUUGGAACAUUUGUAUUGUUAACAAUUUAAUGAUUCAGUUUGCACCAGUAAAAGGUAUUAAACAAAGAUUUUUAAUUAUAGGAAAUGAAGAAAAUAGAAGAGUUGGAUUUUUCCAAGCUGCCUUGUCAUCCUUUGGAUUGCCACCAGGAGAAUGUGUUACUUGGGAAAUGUUACUCUCAACUGGAAUAGUCAACCCACAUAAUCAUCAAAUUAAUGUGGUUGAUAAUAAUCAAAUUGCACCAAUUGAUUGGCAACAAAUCAUUGACAAGAUGAAGAGAAAAUAUUUCAAACAAACAGGAGAAGAAUUGGAAACUGGGGAUAUUGUUGUGAGAAUUGACUCACCAGGUGAAAAUUUCUUUGUGGAAAGAGGUUUAUUAUCAUUGGGAUGUGAAGGUAUAAACCAAGAAGAGUUUGGAACUAGAGUGAGCGAGUAUGAUAUCAAUAAUAUUCUGGCCUUUGAUUUGGGGCAAGUAAGAUAUGUGAGACAAUGGUAUCUUGGCUUUAUUAAUGCUCUGGAACAACUUUUUGAUAUCCUUCGAGGACAUGGUAUCAGACAAUUUUCAAGCACUCUAGAUGAGAUUUCAUCAACAUUUGAUAAGAGAAUGUGUCACUCUCUGUUGGUAAAACAUGGAAUUCCUGUUCCAAGAGGGUUUUAUAAUGUAAGAAAUUAUGACGAAAUGGUAGAAGUCAUGAAAAGCAACAAUAUGAAUAGAGUAUUUGUAAAAUUAGCUCAUGGAAGUUCAGCAAGUGGUGUCAUUGCCUAUUGUUUUGUUGAGCAGAGGAUUAUAGGAUCUACCGAGACAGUAUUCAAAGAGUUGGCAACCACCUCUUCUGAACUAGUUAGAGAUAGAAACUUCCCUCAAUACUUUAAAGUUUACAAUUCAUUGAGAAUAAGACGAUACACAAAGAAUGAGGAUAUUAAGCAAGUAAUAGAUUUUGUAUUGGCUGAGGGAGCUAUUGUUGAGGAGUGGGUUGAAAAAGCCGAUUAUAUGGGUCGUGGUAAUUUCGAUCUGAGAAUUGUAGUUGUAGGCGGAAAAAUUAUGAAUUUCGUUGUAAGAACUUCCAGAAAUCCAAUGACCAAUUUACAUUUAGGAAAUAAGAGAGGAGAAUGUGAUGACUUUUUAAGGUUACUUGAAUAUAAGGCUCCUGGGUCGUGGGAUAAGGUGAAAGUUACUUGCGAGAGCAUUGCUAAUGAAUGCUUUCCAAACUCAUUAUGUUUGGGUGUUGAUUUGAUGUUUUCUGAGAAUUUCCAAGAGCACUUUAUUGUUGAAGUCAAUGGAUUUGGUGAUUUGAUUCCAAGAAUUUACUUUGAUAAUCUCGAUACCUAUCAAACCCAAGUAAGGGAAUCAAUCGAAAGGUACAUAAUUAAGGAACAAAUUACUCAUACCAUGCUAGAUGAUGAUGAUGAUGUAGAAUAA